GGCAAAUUAAUGUUUGUCGUGAAGAGGCUUGCAGACCUGCAUCAGUGACCAUGUGUGACUGAGACACAGACAGGAUUAUUUGCAGAUUUGCAGACAGCUGGAGAUCUUUGGUGUCUGUGAACGAGUGGGUCAGCACUGUUAUCAUUAUGAAGUUGACAGAGCGACUCAAACGGCUGAAGCACUUGGGCUCUGUGCCUCCGGAGCCUCCGCCACUGCUGGUGGUGCCUAAACCAGGCAUGGAGGAGAUAACAAUAUGGGAGCAACAUACAAUAACACUAAACAAAGAUUCCAAACUAGGAUUUGGUUUUGCAAUAUCAGGAGGCAGGGACAAGCCGCAGCCCGAUGGGGACACGUCAAUUCUGGUGUCAGAUGUGCUGCCAAAUGGACCAGCCAUGGGACGGCUGUUCACCAAAGACCAAAUUGUCAUGGUCAAUGGCGAACCAAUGGACAACGUCCAUUCUAACUACACCAUUCAGACCCUGAAGUCUUGCGGCAAGACUGCAAACAUAACAGUGAAACGUCCUCGUAAGAUCCAGAUCCCAGCAACCUCAUCCACCAGACCCACUCGGGCAGCCUCGCACUCCAACUUGCUGGAUGCGGACCCUCCGAGACGGCAACGACGCCACUCCGAUGGGAGUGACAACAUGGAGUCCAGCCGCAACCGUGACGAUGACCGCUAUCGCGCCGAUGACCGUUAUCGCACCAACGACCGUUACACGCGCCGAAGCCCCACACCCGAACGCAACGGGCUUGCGAACGCGGCGCCGUUGAUUUCAUCGGGGUACAAGAGGCUGCCGCUCAAAAAUGUUUCAGAAAAACCCAUCAGAACUACUUUGAUUAAAAAGAAAACCACAGAUGAGUAUGGACUGAAACUGGGCAGUCAGAUCUUUAUCAAGCACAUGACAGAAACUGGCCUAGCUGCAAGGGAAGGCACCCUGCAGGAGGGCGACCUCAUUCUCAAGAUCAAUGGCAUGACAACGGAGAACCUAUCCCUGCUGGAGACCAAGCACCUGGUGGAGAAGAGUAGAGGCAAACUGACCAUGACGGUCCUCAGGGAUGACCGUAGAUUCCUGGUCAGCAUCCCAGAGGUGGAGGACAGCCCCCAGAACAGCGAUUAUGAACGUCGCAAAGACAGCAGCUCAGAGCUGGAUGAAAUUUCAGACAUUGAUGAGGACGUUCGAGCCCACAGGACACGUCCAACCGCCAAAGAGAGGCGGACACGCAGAACAAAAGCUGAACCUCCACUGCCAAAGUCUCGGGAUCAAUCGCCUGUGCGCUCCACCUUAUCCCGGCCACCUGUAAAAGCCUACGCUCCUCGCCGAGCUCCGUCUGAAUCUGAGUCCGACCACAGUGCAUCUCCUCCUCCUCCUCCUCCAGUCAGGAGAGAGAGGGACAGGGACAGCCUGGACCAAACCAACAAAUACAAAUCUCUGUCAGGAGUCUCCACCCUCCCCAACCCCAAAUCCUCUCCUGUUGCUCUCAACUGGACUGCACCCGCCUCCUCCACUUCCUCACGCCCUCGCAGGCCGUGUAAACACUUUUCUUUCUCCUCAGAUUCUGACUCCGAGUCGGAUGGCUUCUCUGAGCCUCCUCAGAGGCGUAGCACCACAUACAGUCAGGACUCUCUCAGCAGAUACAGGGUCCUGCCAGAUGUUUCCCUGCAGCCAGAGGUGGAACCACCAAAAUGGAGCAUUGCCAGCAAUCCACCACAGAAAGCGAAUUCGGACUCUGAAUCCGAGGCCAGUUACGCGGCAGUCCCCAAGAGGGAAUCCACCGGCAGUAAAAACUCAGCAGCCAGAAAUAGAUACAGAGUGCCUACUUCAGUGCCUGUAAAGCAGGAACCUCCUCAUCGAGCCCCGUCGCCCGCUAGACCGCCUCCAGAUGAUUCCUCUGAGUCAGAUGAGCUUUCACAUCUUAGGAGGUCCGGCAGCUCUGAGCGGGGGAACAGUUACCGCAGUGCUCCUCGUGCUGCAAAUGGAAACGGCACCAUCAGGUCUGGGAUUUCAGUCAAGGACAACCCGCCCAUCUACUCCAAACCUGAAGAAGAGCCCCUCUAUUCCCUGCCUCCAGAUUCAUACCCAUCAUCUAUUCCAGGGUACAGCUCAGAUGUGAAGACAGUGUCAUUUAUAAAGGAGAGCAGUUUGGGUCUUAGACUCGUGGGAGGCAACGAUGUUGGGAUCUUUGUAGGUGGAGUCCAGCCACACAGCCCUGCGUAUGAAAACGGGAUGAAGGAGGGAGACCAGAUCAUGCAGGUUAAUAAAGUUGAUUUUGGCCAUUUCACACGAGAAGAAGCUGCCAACUUCCUCCUUGAGCUCAGGACAGGAGAACGGGUGGAAAUCUCCACGCAGCAUAAGAUGGACAUUUACAAAAAGAUCCUCAAGUCCAACCUGGGAGACAACUUCUACAUCCGCACACAUUUUGACCAUGACCCCGAUAACCCCAUUGGUCUGGGCUUCACCAGAGGAGAGGUGUUCAGAGUGGUGGACACAAUGCAUCGUGGAAAGAUAGGCAACUGGUUGGCUAUCCGCAUGGGGAAUGACCUGCACGAGAUGGACAAGGGCACUAUCCCAAAUCAGAUCAAGGCAGAGAAGAUGGCCAACGUCGAGAAGGCACAGCGGGCGACCGGAGAGAGGCAGGCAUCCGGACCGAGAGCCGAAUUCUGGAAAUUACGGGGGCUCCGAGGGAAUAAGAAGAACGAGAAGAACAUGCGACGGAGUCGCGAAGACCUGCUGCAGCUCACCAUUCAGGGCAAAUUCCCAGCUUAUGAGAGAGUCCUGCUCAGAGAAGCUAAUUUCAAGCGGCCAAUUGUUAUUCUGGGACCUCUUAAUGACAUUGCCAUGGAGAAGCUGGCACGAGAGAUGCCUGAUGAUUAUGAAGUGGCAGAGAUGGUUCCUCGCAGUGGAAGUGCAGAUGGCGGCUCCACAGUUAUUAAAUUGGACACUGUGAGGAGAAUAGCAGAGAAGGAUAAGCACCCUCUGCUGGAUAUCACUCCCACUGCAGUGGAAAGGCUCAACUACAUCCAGUACCACCCCAUGGUUUUGUUCUUAGACCCUCACAACCGCAAGGAUGUCAAGACCAUGAGGCAGAGGUACAGCCCCAAAUCCAGCAAGAGCUCCAGACGCCUUUACUCACAGGCCAUCAAAAUGAGAAAACACUGCAGCCACCUUUUCUCGGCUCGAGUGGACUUGGAUCCCAGCUCCCACUCUUGGUACGAAAGUCUAAAGAAUAAGAUUCGCCACGAGCAGACCAAACCCGUCUGGGUGUCUGAAGUCACGUUGGAGAGUGGUGGAGAACAAGAUUUGGAUGCUUUGGACCAGAACCAGACUGACUACCUCAGUGCUGCUAGUGACCUUGAGGACACCGAUGGAGAGGGCUUCACAGAUGACGCCUACACUGACAACGAGGAACUCGAGGAGGCUUACCCUGGUCAGAAUACAGCCAAGGUCCCCGGGGGCUCCAGGGUAGCUGGAGCUGCUUUAGCUCGAUCAUCCGAGCCAGCGUUUGAACACCACAGCCCCUCGAUAGAACCCGAGGAAAGCGAUGACGCGUACGGAGUCAGAGAAGUCCCGCCAAUAAUGCACGUACCUGAACCCAGGUCACCUCGUCAGGCGAAUUACAGCCCGCCGCGGAGCGAUGCCGAGGAGGAAGAUGCCUCUCAUCGCAGUUUUACAGACUCAGAUUUCAGCGCUCUUGAUGUAGCUUCACACGCCGCUCCGUCUGAAGGACCGCCAGAUUUUAGAGCCCCCGACCCCACAAGUCAGUACUCAGUGGACGAGCCUUCAUACACAGAGGAGGAGCCGGAGAGCUUCCAACACGCCAGCCUGUCUGCUAUCGAAGACAGAUUAGAGCAGGCUCGCUCGAGAGAGGAAGAGCCCAGAGAUGAGGAAAAGAAAGCCCCGCAAUUCAUCGUGCUCGCACAUCACCACCAAGCAGUCCAGUUCAGACGCACACAGAUCCAGGGCAGCGACAGCUCUGAGGAUGAAUUUGACGAUGCGGACGAUAUGGAAUGGGGUCCCGCAACUGAGCUUUAGAUGCCGAGAGGACUGAUGCGGCUUUUCCUUGUGAUCUACAAAGGACGUGGAAAUGAUUUCAUUCCCGCACUGAACUCUGUUGUCUUGGAUGGUAUUGUCAUAGUGUUUUUAAAUUCAUGUAAAGGGAGCCUCGUUCAGGUGUCACUGUAGCCUUUGAUGACAACUGCAAGUUUUAAAGUCACCAAAAAUCCUCUCAGAUGAAUAUUGAGAUCAAAGUGCCUGAUUUGUUUUUUUUUUUCAGUGUUUUUUGUAUUUAUAAAAAACAAAACAAAACUCUUUGUGAAACGAAUCAAUUUCAAAUAUAUGUUUUAUAAGAAGUCCUAUGAAAUAUGCAUCAUUUUAGGAAUAGCAAGGACAUUUAUACUUUAGAUUUUUCUACAUUAAACUGUUUGUUCUUCUGAUUUUAAAAUGGGUUUGUUUGAUGAUGCAGGACGACGAAAACGUACUUGUUCAGCUUCAUUUUACCAAGCUGUCACUUCAGAUCACUCAUAUUAACAUAAGUGAAACUGUGAAUAUUACAUGUGUUACUAUGGACAUUCACUAGAUAGUAAGAGUAAAAGAUUGGCACACUAUUUAAGUUACCACUGACUAUCAGAGGCGUCAAAGGACCCAGAUUCACUUUGUUGUUGUUGCUUUUUUUUUAAUAUAUAUAAAUAUUUAAAAAAAAUUAUUUGGUAAUAUUAGCAUCUAAAAAUUAAAACUGAGAUAUUUUCUCCCAAACUUCAAUCUUUGGCAUUCCUUUUUUAGUAACCUUUAGUAUAGUGGUGUUUACUGUAAACGAAGGAUUGUACCAGGAAGUGCAUCCAGCACAAAACAUGCAGAGCUACCC